AUGGGAAGGCAUUCUAUAAAAAGAGAGAAGUUGGCAAAUACUUCUACUCGAACCCAACCUUUAGAAACCUCACGAUUCUCGCCGACUAAAUAUGAAACUUCGGCAGCUACUUUAAAGAAUUUUCCAUCUUCAAUUGUUAAUGGUAUAACGCGAGAAGGUGGAUUAUACUCAUUAACGUUGAAAUCAAUAAAUUGUGCUACAUAUGUCGAACAAGAUUCUAACAUGAGACGUGUUUUUAAGAAGCCGAAAUUGGAGUUGCCAAAGAUAUCGACCGUUGACCUCAAGACAAUGCGAAACAAAUUGCAGAGCGACGUAAAGGACGAGGUGGAAAAAGUGAAAAAUUAUGAUAAGAUAGCAUCCAAAAAUGUAGAGUUGACUAAUUUGAACAAGACUUUGGAUCUUUUCUCAAAAAACGACGAUAAUGGCUUAGAGGAUGUGGAUAAGGAAGUAGCUAAUGUGGUGGGUUCAGACGUUGACAUUAUAUUGGUUAGUAAUGGCUAUAGAAUAAACACAAGAGUGAAAUUUCCACAGUUGGUGGUGGAAACCUACCAAAGUGUGGCAAAUGUCGAUUCAAAUGCAAAUGAUGACAUGACUGCUGCAAUCGAUUUGGCCAACAACACUUUGAAGAUGUUGGAGAACGAAAAUCUCAGUCAAACAAUUAAUCUGGAUGAAAGUAACCUACUGCGGAACUCGAAUAAUAGUGAAAUAGUUCCAUCAGAAAAUGCUAAAAGUUCCACCGAGGAAGUCAAGGUUUCACCAGAAGAAACUAAAACCGAAGUGAAUUCUGGCUUGGUGUCUCUGACAAGUAUACCUGAAAGUCAGAAACCCAUUGUACCGGAACAAACCGAGCUAUAG